AGAUGAUAGGAAUCGAGGCUAUAUAUAUCUUCGCAUGCCUCUGAGCUUGGCCACUUUCCAUUUCCGAAACAAGAAACUAGAAAGCAAGCAUCGAACAGAAAAAUCACCGAAAAUGUUGAGCUCAGAUACUCGAUUUGCGUUGGUGGCCCUAGCUUUGGUACUCGCUGCCUCAUCGGCUCUCGCUGAAGACGUCGUUGUGCUCACCGACGACAACUUCGACAAGGAGGUCGGUCAAGAUCGAGGAGCCCUCGUCGAGUUCUACGCUCCCUGGUGUGGGCACUGUAAAAAGCUUGCCCCAGAGUAUGAGAAGCUUGGCACAAGUUUCAAGAAAGCAAAAUCUGUUCUUAUUGGGAAGGUGGACUGUGAUGCACACAAGGACGUAUGCUCUAAAUAUGGGGUUUCUGGAUACCCAACGAUUCAAUGGUUUCCUAAAGGGUCCCUAGAACCCAAGAAGUAUGAAGGUGCUCGUACUGCAGAAGCCCUUACUGAGUUUGUGAACAUGGAAGGAGGGGUCAAUGUGAAGAUAGCCGCAAUCCCUUCCAAUGUAGUGGUGCUAACACCAGAGAGUUUUAAUGAGAUUGUCCUAGAUGAAACUAAAGAUGUUCUGGUUGAGUUCUAUGCACCCUGGUGUGGCCAUUGCAAAUCCCUUGCUCCGAUUUAUGAAAAGGUUGCUACGGCAUUUAAAUUGGAGGAAGACGUGGUAAUUGCUAAUCUUGAUGCCGACAAAUACAAGGAUUUGGCUGAAAAGUAUGAUGUCAGUGGAUUUCCCACAUUAAAGUUUUUCCCAAAGAGCAACAAAGCUGGUGAAGGUUAUGAUGGUGGCCGAGAUUUAGAUGACUUUGUAAAUUUCAUUAAUGAGAAAUGUGGCACCAGUCGUGAUGGGAAAGGGCAACUCACAUCCAAAGCUGGUCUAAUUGCAAGUUUGGACAACCUGGUGAAGGAGUUUUUGAGUGCUGGAAGUGAUGAGAAGAAGGCAGUAUUUGGCCAGAUAGAAGAAGAAGUCAACAAGCUCACAGGUUCAACCACCAGAUAUGGCAAAAUUUACUUGAAAGCUGCAAAGAACUGUAUGGAGAAAGGUGCCGAUUAUGCCAAGAAUGAAGUUCAGCGACUGGAGCGCAUUCUUGAGAAGUCUAUAAGCCCAGCAAAGGCGGAUGAAUUCACUCUCAAGAAGAAUAUACUAUCUACCUUCGCUUGAUCCGUGGAAUUCAUAGGAGGAGACACCUAUUUCCAUUUCGCUUGGAGGUAUCGGCAUCCCAGUUACUAGCGUUUCUAUUCUUGUGAUUUUUUAGCUCGGGAAAUAUACUCUCUGUGUACCUUUAAUGCUUAAAAUUUUCUUCACAUUUUGAACCUUUUAAGUUAAUUGUAGCAGAGAAGAAAAAGUUAGUCAGUACACGAUCGACAGUAAUGCAGUGUUUUUAAGACCCUA